CGGCUCCUCUGUGACGGCAACAGCAGCGGGAGGGUCGCAGAAGCCCGGGCUGAGCGGGCCGCGCCGCCCGGGGCUCAGGCAGGGUCCGACCCGGCGGCGGCGCGAGGCAGCUGAGGGAGGGCCUAGGGCUUUGGCUGCGGCGACUUCGGCUUCCCAGGGGGCAGCCCCAGGUCAGGAUGCGGCGGAGCCCCCGCCCAGGCUCGGCCGCAUCCUCUCACAAGCACACACCCAACUUCUUCAGCGAGAACAGCAAUAGUUCCCACAGCGCGACUUCGGGGGACAGCAAUGGGCUCCGGUCCGCUGGGCCGGAGCUCGGGGAGCCCGAGGGCAGAAGGGCCCGGGGCUCGAGCUGUGGUGAGCCCGCCAUAAGCCCAGGAGUGCCCGGAGGAGACACAUGGGCAGGAAGCUCUCGGCCGAAGCCUGCGCCUCGGAGCCACACUAGGCCGACCGCCUGUGGCGCGGCAACCGUGAGGGGCGGGGCCUCGGAACCGGCUGGAUCUCCUGUAGUCCUGGAGGAACAACUCAGCCUUCUCCCGACCCUGGAUCUGAGGCAGGAGAUGCCUCCCGCGCGGGUGUCCAAGAGUUUCCUGAGCCUCCUCUUUCAGGUGCUGAGCGUGUUGUUAUCCGUGGCAGGAGACGUGCUGGUCUGUGUGUACAGGGAGGUCUGCUCCAUCCGCUUCCUAUUCACUGCUGUGUCGCUCCUGAGCAUCUUUCUGGCAGCACUCUGGUGGGGGCUCCUGUACCUGGUCCCUCCUUUGGAGAAUGAACCUAAGGACAUGCUGACUCUAAGCCAGUACCACCAGCGUGUGCAUUCUCAGGGCCAGCAACUGCAGCACCUCCAGGCAGAACUGGACAAACUCCACAAGGAGGUGUCCAGCGUUCGAGCAGUCCACAGUGAGAGAGUGGCCAAGCUCGUGUUCCAGAGGCUGAAUGAGGACUUUGUGCGGAAACCUGACUAUGCACUGAGCUCUGUGGGAGCCUCCAUCGACCUGGAGAAGACAUCCAGUGACUAUGAGGACACCAACACCGCCUACUUCUGGAAUCGCUUGAGCUUCUGGAACUAUGCCCGCCCACCCUCAGUCAUACUGGAGCCAGAUGUGUUCCCUGGAAACUGCUGGGCCUUCGAAGGUGACCAGGGCCAGGUGGUAAUCCGACUGCCAGGCCACGUGCAGCUAAGCGACAUCACCCUGCAGCACCCUCCACCCACCGUGGCGCACACUGGAGGAGCCAGCAGCGCACCCCGGGACUUUGCCGUCUUUGGACUCCAGGUUGAUGACAAGACUGAAGUGUUCUUGGGAAAAUUCAUCUUUGAUGUGCAGAAAUCUGAAAUUCAGACUUUCCACUUAGAGAAUGACCCCCCAGCUGCCUUCCCCAAGGUGAAGAUUCAGAUCCUAAGCAACUGGGGCCAUCCACGUUUCACAUGCUUAUAUCGAGUCCGUGCGCAUGGUGUGCGGACCUCAGAGUGGGCAGAGGACAAUGCCACAGGGGUCACUGGGGGGGCCCAGUAAAAAUGCAGAUGGUUGGAGUAAAUUGAGGUUUGUGCUAACGAAAACUGCAUCAGUGCUGGGAAGUCAUCCUUUGGGGAAAGCUCCCGCUGCCUUGUGGCAUGGCAGUAUGGCAGAAGAUGCCUUUCAACACCUCUCCCCGUUUCCUGGAAAAGCACAGGGAAACAGUAGCAGCCGCUGAUGUUCACAGGGUCUCCCAUAUGCCAGAGAAGGUUCUGUGGACAUUCUACACUGUAAAUGACACAACUUGAUCCUCAGAGAAGGAAACCGCUCAGGCAAGACACUCACUUCAGUCACACAACUUGUGGAAAGUAACAUCAGAGUGGCCGUCCUCAAGAGGCCUUCCCUUUCAGCUGGAGAACUACCAGGCAACCGAAGCCCCCAGUUCCUGGAAAUGACCUCAGUUCCUGCUACGUAGAGAGACAGGAAACUCUCUGGCAAACACUGAAAAGCUAAGAUCUGGAAAACGCUAGGAAACAUUUUGAUUCAAAGCUGACUCAGGCUUGGUAGACCCCAUGAAGCUGGUUAUUCCUAGGGCCUUAGGUGUAGGUCACCUGUUCCACCAGAUCUAAGCAUCUUCACUGCAAUGGUAAAAGAACUGGUGGGCGGGAAGUGCCAACAGGCAGUCAGAUAAUUUGAGUUCCUAAGGGUGAUAAAGAGCCUAAGCAUGAGCAGAGAGAUCGCAUGGCCACACAGAAAAAUGCUGUCUCGAAAACAAAACAAAAUAUUCACCAGCUAAAUUUAGAGCUGGUAAGACGUCCCAGCAGGUAAAAGCUACCAAACCUGACAACUAGAAUUUGAUCCCUGAGAGCCACAUGGUGAAAUGAGAGAGACAACUUUGCAAAGUUGUCCUCUGACCUCCACGUGCCGUGGCACUUACACACAAAAUAACUUAGGUAUAGUUAAAAAAAUAAAAAUAAAAAUCAAGGGUCAUUAAGAUGACUCAGGUGGGCUUAAAGGGGCUUGCCACCAAGUCUUAGGACCCGAGUUCAAUCUCAGGGACAUACACAAUAGAUAGCCAAGACCCACAAGAUUGUCUUUUGACCUCCGUGUGAACCAGGCAGGGUACAUACGCACAUACACAUACAAAAUAAAUGUAUUGGGAACGAAUUAAAACUAAGGUUAAAAAUAGAACCAGGGCUUGGGUAUAGUGCUGUACAGGGGCCCUUCAGUCCAGCACUCAAGAGGCAGCGGUAGGAAGUCUGUGAGGUUGAGGGCAGAAGAGUCAGCACUAUUCAGAGCAAAGGCUGGUCGUGGCGGUGCACACCUUCAAUCCCAGCACAUGGGAGGCAAAGGCAGGUAGAGCUCUGAGGUCUAGCCCAGCCUGGUCCACUAUUGUCUCUAAAAAACAAAGAACUAACCAAACAACAAAAAACUAAAACUAAGGCUGGCAGAGCACAAGUUUGCCUAGUCUGUAAGUGGCCAUGGUAUCCUGGGGCUGCAGAGAUGGCUCAGUGGUUAAGAGCCCUGGCUGCUCUUGCAGAGGACCUAGGUUCAAUUCCCAGUACUCACGUGGUAGCUAACUGUGUGUAACUCCAGUUCCGGGAGAUCUAACACCUUCACAUAUAAUGCAAGCAACAUGCCAAUGCACAAAAAAUAUAAACCAUUUAAAAAAAAAGAAAGUAAGUGUUCUGGUUUCAGUUCUCAGGACACAUACAAGGCAGUUUAACCACAGGAAGCAAACUCUUUUGAGAUUCAUCUAAGGCUGGCCUAGAACUCAUUAAGUAGCCCAGGUUGGUAGAGUUCAAGGCGGCACUCCUACCUCAGGUACUGUAGUGCUGGCAUUGCAGAUGGGAGCCACCUUGAUUGGCUUCCACGCACACUUUUGGUACAUAAGUACAUACCAUUGCUAGAGUGAAGACCAGACAACUUUGUGGAGUUUAAUUUUCCUUCCACCUUUACGUGGACCCUACAACUAGAACUCGGCUUGUUCAGCUUCUAUGGCAAGCACUUUUCCCAGUGGGCAAUCUUGCAAGGCCCUCUUUGUUUUUGAAACAGGGUCUUAUGUAGCCCAGGCUAUUUUCAAACUGUGUAGUGGAAGAUGUCUUUGAACUCUAGAAGUCCUAAAUAUGUUCUGAGAUAAGCACAAUCCCCAGCACCAAACACAAAACAAAUGCAGUCACUGAAAUAAAAUUUAUUAUUGAUAUAUGGAUACAUUUUAAAGAGCAGUUUAGCAUAUAUAAAAAUAAAUUUGCAUAGAGUAUAAAACAUGAAACAGUAACAGCUGAGGAGGAAAUUUUUCAACACAUUGGAAGAAUAAAGACUCUGACACAUAGAGCCCAUGAACAGGCUCCUGAGAAACAAGUUCAUGUAUGAAAUGGUAUCUAACCUAUAUAAGGAAAAAAAUGAAACUAAAAUUGAGAUUUGGUGAAGGUGACCAUGGUUAACAAAUGGGAUGAGUGAGACCAUAAGUUUAUAGAGAAGGCACCUGUAAUAACUGCUAACAUUUUAUCCUCUAUGAUCUACUUUUCCCACAGUGAGGAA